AAUUUAUGUUGAAAGAGGCGGGGCUUCUGAAUUUAGGAGAGCUGCUUCUGACAGGACCGCGAGUCGGGGUUGACAGAACGACCUGGUCCAGUAGUCUGGAACGUCUCGUGGGUUCUGCUCGUCGGAGUAUUCAUUGGCUGCGGUUGAAAGGUCAUCACUUGUCUGUGGUUUGCCAGUGGGAUUAUGGUGGCUGAGUUGCAGCGCCCCCUCGCGGCUGUCACCUGUCUGCUGUUUUGGUAUGCAGCAAGUGUCCUGUCCAUGCCGAAUCCCCAGUUGAGGGAGUCUCUCAUUGAGCUGGAGGCCUCCCAGCAGACAGGGGGGCAAAUGGUGCUAACAGACUUGGAAAAGCUCCUGGAUGCUCGGCUGUACCAAAUGAAGCAGGAUGAGAUGGCUAAAGAGCAAUUCCCUCCUGCCCUGCACUUCUUCAAGGCCAAACCCUUAAUCGAGCGCAGUCCCAUCUUUCGCCUGCUACAGAAAAUGCCCAAAGGUGGAGCCCUGCAUGUCCAUGACCUUGCCAUGGGGGACCCCGAGUGGCUUGUGAAGAAUGUGACGUAUCGGCCGAACUGCUACAUGUGCGUCACUGACAAAUGGUCGGUCAGCUUCAUCUUCUCAUCGGGGCAGCCUAAGAAUGUGCCUAACUGCUCUGCGUGGAUCCUAAUGGAAACACUCAGAAACAAACUGGUCAACAUCACAGAUCUAGACAACAGCAUUCUGGCCAAUCUGACACUCUUCACUGAUGGUGAUCAUGAGGCCUUGUAUCCAAACCAAGUUGUGGUUUGGGAGAAGUUUGACUUGAACUUCAGGGCCGUGAUGGGUCUGAUCACAUAUGCGCCCGUGUUCAGAGACUAUUACUACCACAGCCUCACUCAAUUCUACAAGGAUAGCGUCAUGUAUGUGGAAGUCCGCGCUUUACUUUUGGAGGUCUACGAGCUGGACGGCAGCAUUCACGACUCAGCCUGGGCUCUGAAAACCUACGGGGAUGUCACCAGACAGUUCAUAGCCGACCACCCGGAUUUCUUUGGAAGCAGAUUCAUCUUCGUUGUCCACAGGACGAUAGAUGCAUCUGCGUUGAUGGCAGUAGUAGAAAAAGCAAUGAAGCUGCAGAGAGACUUCCCAGACUUGAUGGUGGGCUUUGACUUGGUCGGACGUGAAGAUGACGGAAACCCGCUUUGGUAUUUCCGAGAUGCCCUGUCGCUACCAGGAGAGAUGGGCGUGACACUUCCCUACUUUUUCCACGCUGGAGAGACAAAUCUGGAGGGCACCGAGGUGGACCAGAACUUGUUGGACGCUAUUAUGUUUAAUACUUCACGUAUCGGCCAUGGGUUUGCUUUGAAUCGUCAUCCUUUGGCUCGAGAGCUGUCCAGGAAGAGAGGCGUGGCUGUGGAAGUGUGUCCCAUAUCCAACCAGGUGUUGAAGCUGGUGGAUGACCUACGAAACCACCCGGCAGGGGCGCUGAUGUCCCAGAACCAUCCAAUGGUCAUCAGUUCCGAUGACCCGGCAAUGUUCGGCUCCUCCGGCCUCUCCUACGACUUUUACGAGGCCUUUGUGGGCUUCGGGGGCAACAGGUCCCACCUAGGCACGCUCAAACAACUUGCCAUCAACUCUAUUCUAUACAGCUCGCUCAGCCUAGAACUGCAGAACGAAGCUUUGGAUUUGUGGCAGAGGAAAUGGGACAAGUUUGUGUCUGAAAAUACUUUCUAGAAACAAGAGUGUGGUUAUGGAAAUUAUUUUUGCUCUUAUCCCAGCAUACGUCCUUGGAAGAGACUCUUGAAUUCUGCUGCUGUGUUGUGAGCAGGAAUGUGGGGCUUUGCUCUUUUAGGACUUUUAUGAUUGGGUAUUUCUCUUGAAUUUGCACUUCGUAAUGGCAGGGCGCAGAAUUGCUUCGGGUGCUUUCGCUUUGGACAUCGCCAUGAAAACUACCCGCACUAUUUUUAAACAUUUUACAUGCAUUUUGGUCACAACAAUUUGUGUUUAUGGUUCUUGGAAAACUCUGGCCAAAAAUCAAAAGUUCAGACGUUUGUUUGCAGUGUAUUCUAAAUGCUACUCUGAGUCUGGAAAUCAAUUUUCAGGCUUCCAAGUGGCUAUAAGGAUGGCCUUUCAUUUUGAGGUUAUGGCGCCACCCUUUGUUUUGGCAAUCUGUAGACAGAGAUUUUUUUCUUGAAGUGAUUCGCAAGACCCCAAAAGAAUCAUGUUUUGACUGUGGAGCUUGCAGUUGCGUGCGUGCGCUUUACUUGUGAUUUAAGAAGUGAAUGAUUCAAAUGUGUUGUAUGAGGCGGUUAGGAAAUGCUCUCUGCUGAUAUUUGUUUAUAAACUUUACUGUUUUGAUAACAAGAGCGGUCUUGUCACAUUCAUUGUGACGUUUGUCCAAAACUGCCACUAAAACAUUGUAUCUUGAAAAGGCACUGUAUUUCUAUGCACACAUUUGCACUCUUUUAUUUUGGAACACAGAGGAACUCGGCUUUGGAUCAUCAUCGUUGUCAUCAGCGGCUGCUCGUGUUGAAUUGGGAGAAGUAUCGCUCAUCAAUGUGUCCCCUUCCAAUGUCCUCUUUCCUUCAUACAGAAACAUGACUUAUGAAGCGUCCAUAAGCAAACAGACCGCUCUGUUGUGUGUGUGUGUGUGUUCUACCUGUGCUGUGCUGCAGCCAGCUCUUUGUUGCUCGUGUCAACAUGUCGUCGUAGCUGCUUCCUGUGUCGGGCUCGCUGCCUCUCCAAGAGCACAGCUGUACGAGCCGAAUCCAGACGGAUGCCAUCGUGUCGCAUCUCUUCUCUUUUCUUCUCUAAUUCCGCCCUCUAUGAUGCGUGUGCAUUCCAAGUCGAGCAAGUUUUAAAUACUUAAAAUGGAGAACAUGUUUGACUCGGGUGUAAUUCUGUGGUUGUUACCAUUUUCUCUUCAAUUUGAUGUUUGUAGAAUUGAGAGAUUUGCGUUGAGCUGUCAGGAGGCGGCUUCCUGUCGAUGCUGGGGUUGAGGCCAGGGGCUCCCAUCACGCCUGUGUGCCGAUCUAUCUGCUGGAUGUCUUGAUUACGCUCCUGAAGAUGCCUUUCUUUGGUCUUGAUCAUCUAACAGCAGAGUCAAAUCCAAGCUUCAACAUUUUAGCUCGGUCUGGGGUUUUUUGAAGCAAAAUUCAAUUAAAGCUAUAUACUGUAUGAUGAACAGGCUCUCGCACCAUUAGCUUGUGCACAUCGUCAACUUACGCAUCAUUCUAAGCCCACACAUCAUUUGGGAAACUCAAAUGGGAAGACAGGCAUGUGGGCAAAUAAUGCACUGCUGGCCACCUUGUGUUUUCUUCAGUCAGGCCCACCACACAAAGAUUCUUGCAAUUCAAUUUGAGAUGAGCUUCGGAGUUGCAAGUUAAAACUUGGCGGUCACAAACACAAUGUACUUUAUGUCGCUUUCUAUUUUUCUCAGUGUUGUGCAUCGACGCUGUGUUAACCACAUUCUGAGCCUCAAGCCAUGACUCACCGUGUUCCGAUUCCACUCUUGAGUCGCAAUUGCUGCUGUUUUUCUCCUCUCUUGUUCUUUGUUCAGCCGCUGCAGAGCUUCAUUGUCCAUGUCGAUUCUCCUUCGGUCGUCCUGCAGCUCUGAGGGCCCAGACAUUUAGUGAGCUCAGGUGUGUGGGUGUGUGCGUGUGUUAUUAGCUUGUUAUUAAAACCUACUCUCCAUCUUCUGUCUGUGUUUUUCUGCACCCUUCUCAUCCUGCUGCUGGAUCAGCCACCUUUGGAGCUGUUCCCUCUGCCUCUGUGCUCGUCUCCUGCUGUCUGGGUCUUCGCCGAGCAGACCAGGCAACAUCAUCAUCUGCGCUUUCGCGUCCAACUCCUUCCCGCCAUGAGGCUGUUGGUACUGACGCCGGUAGUCCACGAUGGCCUUCUCCAUGUCAUGUUUGACCUUCAGUUGUUGAGUAUGGAGCAGAGAAGCGUGUUCUAUAUUGUCCAACAUAGCAGCAUCUGUGGGGAACACCGAGACCUGCUUAGUCAAACAUUCUCGCAGAGUAUGAUACCCAUCUAUCCAUUUUCAGUACAGUAGUUUGUCCAGCAUGAGCAUGCAACCGGGUGAGCUAAGGACAGAGUAUGGUUAGGAGUGGCAGUGGCAUCCCUCUAAAUCUAAUUGGACCUCCCAAAAUCUGGUCGGACCCCCCGGCUGCCACUCCAGAUAACCGACAUGUAACGGCAACCGUGCGCUGCCCGACAUGCAGCACUGCAGUUACGUCCGUCCACACCCUCUCUUGGUAAACAGGUCAUGCAACAGUUUUAUAGACUACUUCAGCAUGUCAACUAUUUGUUUUGACUGUUAAAAUGUGUGUGAAUUGCUAUUUUAAUCUUUCCACAGUUGAUUAUAGCCAUAUAUCUGAGUAUUUACAACCAUCACCAUAAAGGCGAUUUAAUUUCUUCAGAAAUAUGAGUUAUUUUGGUGGCAAAUGUUUCUAAUCUGGAAGUUAAACACCUGGCUCACAAAAACUCCGCCUGUCCAUGGCUGCCGCGCCUACCACCCAUGAAAUGGUAAAUAGUAAUGAAGUCGCCAGAGAGGCCGGCGCCUCAGCAAGGAAGGCUGCUCAUAAUGCCUCUUUGCCAGAUACGCGCUCCGACCAUUGAGGCCACACUUGGCCCCCGCUCAAAGCGCGCCUUUAUCGGACAUGCAUGUGUGAGCGAGCGCACGGAAAUUUUCAAGGCAGUGGCGCUCCACUUGGGGAGGCCAGCGCCUCGUCCGAGGUGGCUGCUUCAGAAAGUGGGUGCACGUUUAGUCUGCAGGGGUGGUACGGCGGGGGUGAGUCCCUCAGUCUUUUCGGUAUAAGACUGGAGACCCGGUCGUUUUCUUGGUCGUGCUGAGAGAGCAAGAAUGAGCCGAGAUUGGUGAAUGGAGGAAAACACCACUUUGGGCAACUCUGAUGCCAGAGAACCAAUAUGCCAUUCUACAACAAUAGUGACAGUCGGAAGGAAAUGACACGACAGAAAAUGUUUCAAACACAUGUUAUAAAUGUAUUUGUAUUUCACCUCAAAUGACAUAACAUUUCAAAUCUUGCUUUAAGCUGGGUCAAAGACAUUGAGCAAAAGAUGAUGUCUAAAAUUGAUGGAUUUGGCAAUACAAGAAGGAAACAGCAGAGUCAUUCAUUCUUGAACAAAGGAAGCCAAGUGUGAGACUAAAAGAGAUAUCUGACUGAACAAGUCCACACAUCCAUUUUCUAAUCCGCUUAGCCUCACAAGGGUCACGGGCAUGCUGGAGCCUAUUCCCGCUGUCUUCGGGCAGUAGGUGGGAUACACCCUGAACUGGGCGCCAGCCCAAAUAAAGAAAUGUGAAAUGAGUGAGUAAUUGCCGUGAGUGUGAGUAACUGUAUGUGUGCGCGUCUGUUGUAUUCACUCAUAAAAUGGAUGUUGAUUGUUGA